AUGCUAGAGAUCCUGCGGGGAUUCCGACCAGGUGUUUCUCACCUCGAAGCGGCCAGGAGUAAGUUUGUGAGCGCAGAUAAGUGGUGCGUUGCCCUGCAAUCGCUCCACGAGCAAGCGCGCAUCUACCCGGGCCGCUACGUUGCGACUGCCAGAGCGUGCGGACAGGGUCAGCAGUGGCAGUGGGCGUUGUCGCUUCUCUGCGAUCUGGCUGCAAUGGAAUUGGAGGCCACCGUCGUGAGCUACAGCGUUGGGAUGAGCGCUUGCGAAAGGGGAAAGCAGUGGCAGCGGGCCUUGUCGCUGUUCCGCGAGAUGUGUCAGGGUAAGCUGGAACCUGAUACCAUCAUUUACGCAGCUGGGAUCAGCGCCUGCGAGAAAGGAAGCCAGUGGCAGCGGGCCAUAUCGCUGCUCGGCGAGAUGGGGGCAGUGAACUUGGAGCCCACCGUCAUCAGCUACAGCGCUGGGAUCAGCGCGUGCGAAAAGAGCAGGCAGUGGCAGCAAGCACUGUCGCUGCUCAACGAGAUGCAGGAGGCGAAGCUGGAGCCCGAUACUAUCAUCUACAGUGCUGGGAUCAGCGCGUGCGAGAAAGGACGGCAGUGGCAGCAGGCACUGUCGCUGCUCAGAGAGAUGGGUGAGGCAAAGCUGGAGCCUGAUUACAUCAUCUACAACGCUGGGAUCAGCGCGUGCGAGAAAGGCAAGCAGUGGCAGCGGGCCCUGUCGCUGUUCAGCGAGAUGCGGCAGGCGCAGUUGGAGCCCAGCGUCGUCAGCUACACCGCUGGAAUCAGCGCGUGCGGGAGAGGAAAUCAGUGGCAGCGGGCCCUAUCGUUGCUCAGCGAGAUUGGUGAGGCAAAACUGGAGCUUGAUAUAAGGUUCUACACCGCCGGGCUCGUUGCUUGCGAGAAAGCACGGCAGUGGCAGCAAGCACUGUCGUUGCUCAGCGGAAUGGAUGAGGUGAAGCUGGUGCCAGACAAAUUGAUGCACACCGCCGGGAUCGCAGUUUGUGAUGCAUGUGGGCAGUGGCAGGAAGUCUUGUUGUUGUUCUGGGGUUUGUUGGAGAUGAAGUUGGAGCCCGACUUCGGCAGCUACAAUGCCGCAAUCGGCGGCUGCGGGAGGGGCAGGGCAUGGCGGCAGGCGCUCGCGGUGUUCGGCAAGAUGCUGCAGGCGAGGCUGGAGCCAAGCGAGUCUACCCGCAGCGCCACGGUCCGAGCCGUGGUCGAGGGCAUGUCUGGCGAUCGCUGGAAGCCGAAUUUUGCAGCGGCUCGAAGGAAACAAAACAAGUGUUUCAUUCCCUAA